AGGCUGGGGGAGCCAGGCGGGAUGGCUCCAGCGGCAAUCUGGGCUGCUGGACUCUGAUGCAAGCUGCCAAUCUCACACUCACUUGAUUCCACUGGAAAGCCUUCUACGAAGUUUGAUGGGACAAUGUCCCUUUAAAUCCUUCCCAACCACCUAAAGUAGUCGGAAGAGUCCGCACAGGCGCAUUCCUCUGCGUGAUCGGCACCACCCCGCCCCAACAGUCGGCCCCCCAGUCAGUGUGUUGGGGAGUAGGAGGUGGUUUUAAAGGUCCUCCCACACAGUACUUCUACGCAAGCGUACAUCAUGAUUGAGAGCACUAUAUCACGCCGUGAGCCCAGUCACUUUUUCCGCUUCUAAAGGCUCCGCCCUCCACGACCAAUCAGCGGGACGUACCCUUUCCUAAGGCCAAUGGCAGCGAGGGUGGGGGCGUGUCCAGGUGUCCGGGGGCGCGGCCUGGCGCUGAGAGAAGCUGCUGGGAGAGCCCGGGGCUCUAGUGAACAGCGCAGCCGGACGGGAUCACCGGCUGGCGGCCCGUGGAGGCGGCCCGGGCCCGGCGGUCCCCGAGAUGUCACGAUGGUGUCUGUGGUCGAACUAUGCGAAAGAGCGGGUGUGUCGCUACUUGCUGCACCGCUACUUGGGUCACUUCUUCCAGGAGCACCUCAGCCUGGACCAGCUCAGCCUGGAUCUCUACAAGGGCUGCGUUACCCUGCGGGACAUCCACUUGGAGAUCUGGUCUGUGAACGAGAUGCUGGAGUCAGUGGAGUCGCCGCUGGAGCUGGUGGAAGGCUUUGUGGGCUCCAUCGAGGUGGCUGUGCCCUGGGCUAAGUUGCUCACCGAACAUUGCACUAUGCGUGUGUCGGGCCUCCAGCUCACCCUGCAGCCCCGCCAGUGCCCAGGGCCAGGGGCUGCUGACUCACAGACCUGGGCUUCAUGUAUGACCACAAGCCUGCAGCUGGCUCAGGAGUGUCUGGGUGAUGGGCUGUCUGACCCCUCAGAGCCACCACAGCCCCUAGAGGGGCUGGAGAUGUUCGCACAGACCAUCGAGACUGCUGCUGUACCUGAUCUUAGCCCGCACCACCCUGCAGUGCUGCGGACGAUCAAGGUGACUUUGCUGGACACUGUCGUGAGGAUAGAGCACUCGCCCAGAGACCGGGAGCAUGGCAUGGCCCUGGAGGUCCAUGUGCAGAGACUGGAGUACUGUGAUGAGGUGGUCCGGGACCCAAGCCAGGCACCCCAAGUGGAUGUGCACCAGCCACCUGCCUUCUUGCACAAGCUGCUGCAGCUAGCAGGGGUCCGCCUGUACUUCGAGGAGCUCUCCCAACAGGCAGAACCACCAGAGCCCCCCUUGCAGAUUGGCAGCUGUUCAGGGUACAUGGAGCUGACGGUGAAGCUAAAGCAGAAUGAGGCUUUCCCAGGCCCCAAGUUGGAGGUGGCAGGACAGCUGGGCUCCCUGCACCUGCUCCUGACCCCGAGGCAACUCCAGCAGCUUCUGGAACUUCUCAGUGCUGUCAGGCUUGCAGAACCAGAAGGCCUGGCUGACAAGUUGAACAAGAGCCGCCCACUAGGUGCUGAAGACCUGUGGCUGAUUGAGCAGGAUCUGAACCAGCAGCUGCAGGCUGGCGCUGUGGCUGAACCCCUCAGCCCAGACCCCCUUACUAACCCCCUUCUCAAUGUGGACAGCACUGACCUCUUCUUCUCCAUGGCUGGCCUCACAAGCAGUGUGACCUCAACUGUCUUGGAGUUACCUCUCUCUGACGUAGACAUAGGGUCCUCUGUGCACAGCAACAUAGCCUCCUGCCAGCUCUCUGCCCCGACCUGUGCAGCAGGAAAGGCGGCCCCUACUCCCUUUCUGGACAACAUGCGCCCUGACUCGCUGCUGAAGAUGACCUUGGGGGGCGUGACCUUGACCCUGCUCCAAACAUGCACCCCAUCUUCCGGACCACCUGACCUCUCCACCCACUUUUUUGCUGAGUUUGAUGCCACCAAGGAUGGGCCCUUCGGCUCCCGAGACUUCUACUACCUUCGGCCACGCUUCAAGAAGGCCUGUCCCUAUAGCCAUGUCCGGCUGACAGGCGCAGCCGUGCAGCUGUCAUGGGAACUGCAGACUGGCAGUCGGGGCCGACGAGUGACCAGCACAGAUGUGCACUUUGGGCAGCUGGAGGUGCUGGAGUGCCUGUGGCCCCAGGGCAGUUCAGAGCCUGAGUACACAGAGAUUCUGAGUUUUCCCAGUAGCCUGGGCUCCCAGGCCUCAGCUCAGCCCUGCGCCCACCUGCGCCACAUACAGACUCUGCGCCGCAUGCUCAAGAGCCGGUCCCGGCGUUCUGUUGCCUGCCAUUGCCACUCAGACCUGGCCCUGGACCUGGCUGACUUCCAAGCAGAUGUGGAGCUGGGGGCCCUGGACCGACUCGUUACCCUGCUGCACCUUGCCACUACACCCCCCCAGCCUCCAGCCAGCCUGCUGACAGAGCCCCCGUUGGCCACUGAGCAGCAGACAGUGUUUCGGCUCUCAGCACCCCGGGCCACACUGAGGCUGCGCUUCCCCAUUGCCGACCUGCGGCCUGAGCGAGACCCCUGGGCAGGAGGCCAAGCUGUGCGGGCCGAGCAGCUGCGGCUAGAGCUGAGUGAGCCCCAGUUCCGGUCAGAGCUCAGCAGUGGGCCUGGUCCCCCAGCCCCUACCCGCCUAGAACUCACUUGCUCUGACUUGCAUGCAACCUAUGAAGAUGGAGAGAAGCCACCCAUUCCCUGCCUGCGUGUCUCCAAAGCCCUGGACCCCAAGGGCACUGGGCGCAAGUACUUUCUGCCCCAGAUAGUGGUGACCCUGAACCCCCAGUCUGGCAGUGCACAGUGGGAGGCUGCCCCCGAGAAGGCAGAGGACCUGGAGCUGUCCACUGAGAGCCCGUGCGAGCUGCAGGAGCCUGAGCCCUCGCCUUUCUCCUCCAAGAGGACCAUGUAUGAAACAGAAGAGAUGGUAAUCCCUGGAGACCCCGAGGAGAUGAGGACGUUCCAGCACCGGACCCUGGCACUGUCCCGCUGCAGCCUGGAAGUGACCCUGCCCAGUGCCCAUGUCUUCCUGCCCAGUAAAGAGAUCUAUGAGAGCAUCUACAAUAGGAUCAAUAAUGACCUGCUCAUGUGGGAGCCUGCAGACCUUUUCCCCACUCCCGGUCCUACUACCCGCCCGUCUGGCUUCUCCAGCUCCUCAGGCCUCUGGCACGACAGCUUCAAGAUGUGCAAGUCAGCCUUCAAGCUGGACUCAGACUCAGAUGACGAGGAUAUCCACUUCUUCUCAGUGGGGGCAUCAGGUGCCCCCCAGGCUCCUGCCCCUGAGCCCCCGAGCCACCAAUCCCAGAGCACCUUCUCUACACUGGUAACGGUGCUAAAGGGCAGAAUCACAGCUCUCUGUGGGGCUAAGGAUGAGAGUGGGAAGCGGCUGGAGGGUGCACACGGUGAGAUGGUGCUGGAUGUGGAACAUGGCACCCUCUUCAGUGUCUCCCAGUACCGUGGCCAGCUGGGCCUCGGCUACUUCUGCCUGGAAGCUGAGAAGGCGACACUCUACCACCGAGCAACCGUGGAUGACUACAUGAUGCCCAGUCACCUGCAUCUGCCCAGCUUUGCCCCCCCGGCCCACCUGGCCCCAACCAUCUACCCGUCAGAGGAGGGGAUGAUUGAGCGGGGAGCCUCAGGCCGCAAGGGCCACGGCCACGGUGCCCCAAUGCUGACUACUGCAGUGCGGAUCCACUUGGACCCCCACAAGAAUGUUAAGGAGUUCCUGGUGACACUACGGCUACACAAGGCCACGCUGCGCCACUACAUGUCCCUGCCUGAACAGAGCUGGCACUCCCAGCUCUUGGAGUUCUUGGAUGUGCUGGAUGACCCUGUGCUGGGCUACCUGCCCCCGACAGUCAUCACCGUCCUGCACACACACCUGUUCUCCUGUGCUGUGGACUAUAGACCCCUCUACCUCCCAGUGCGUGUCCUCAUUACUGCCGAGACCUUCACGCUCUCCAGCAACAUUGUCAUGGACACGUCAACCUUCUUGCUCAGGUUCAUCCUCGAUGACUCCGCUUUGUACCUGUCCGACAAGUGUGAGGUGGAGACCUUGGAUCUGCAGCGAGAUUAUGUCUGUGUCCUGGACGUUGAUCUCCUGGAGCUGGUGAUCAAAACCUGGAAGGGGAGCACAGAGGGCAAACUGGUGCGUGUGGCCGGCACUGGGCCAGGGAGCCUGAGCCAGCCGCUGUUUGAGCUUCGCUGCUCCAACAACGUGGUGCAUGUGCACAGCUGUGCCGACGCCUGUGCCCUACUGGCCAACCUGCUCCAGUACGUAACGAGUGCAGGCGACCUGCACCCCCCGCCCCGGCCCCCCAGCCCCACGGAGAUCGCCGGCCAGAAGGUACAGCUCUCUGAGAGCCCUGCCUCCUUGCCUUCCUGCCCCCCGGCGGAGACAGCCCUCAUCAACCAGCGGGAUCUGACCGACGCACUCCUGGACACAGAGCGCAGCCUGCGGGAGCUGACGCAGUCUUCAGGCGCCCCACUCCCUCAGGCCUCGCCCGUCUCUGUCUACCUGUUCCCCGGUGAAAGGAGUGGAGCCCAGCCCCCUUCUCCCCCUCCUGGGGGCCCUGCUGACAGCUUAGGGUCCUGCUCCGAGGCCACUGACGGUGACAAGGAAGAGGAGGGGGACGGAGACACUCUGGACAGUGAUGAGUUCUGCAUCCUGGACGCUCCUGGCCUGGGCAUCCCGGUGCGUGGCGCAGGGGCUGGCUCAGUUCCUGCCUUCCAGCCCCGAGACGGAGAGCCUGUGGUGACCCAGCUGCACCCAGGCCCCAUCAUCGUGCAGGACGGAUACUUCUCCCGGCCACUGGGCAGCACAGACCUACUGCGGGCGCCUGCCCACUUCCCAGUACCCAGCAGUCGCGUGGUGCUACGUGAGGUCUCCCUGGUCUGGCACCUCUAUGGAGGCCGAGACUUUGGCCCCCACCCAGGCCACAGAGCAAGAGUUGGCCUCACAGGUCCUAAGGGCUCCCCUUCCCGCUGCUCUGGCUCCAACCGGCCCCAGAACUCAUGGCGAACACAGGGUGGCAGUGGGCGGCAGCACCAAGUCCUCAUGGAGAUCCACCUCAGCAAGGUGAGCUUCCAGCACGAGGUAUACCCAGAGGAGCCAGCUGCUGACUCCACUCCAGGCCAGGAGGUGGAGGAGCGGCCACUGUCUCGCCAGGUGCUCAUUGUGCAGGAGCUGGAGAUCCGCGACCGGCUUGCCUCCUCCCAGAUCAACAAGUUUCUGCACUUGCACACGAGUGAGCGGCUGCCGCGGCGCACCCACUCCAACAUGCUCACCAUCAAAGCUCUGCACGUAGCCCCCAUCAGCAACCUGGGCGGCCCCGAGUGCUGUCUUCGCGUCUCGCUGAUGCCUUUGCGGCUCAAUGUGGACCAGGAUGCCCUCUUUUUCCUCAAGGACUUCUUCAGCAGCCUGGUUGCUGGCAUCAACCCAGUAGUCCCAGGGGAAACCUCUGAGGUUCACCCUGAGACCUGGGGCCCCCAGGAAGCACAGCCCAAGGGCCCAGAGAUGAGUGACUUGAAGGAGGGCCCCAGUGGUGGACACAGCCCUGCUGAGCCCCAGCCCAUCUACUUCAGGGAGUUCCGCUUCACGUCCGAGGUGCCCAUCUGUCUGGAUUACCACGGCAAGCACAUCUCCAUGGACCAGGUGGGCACCUUCGCAGGCCUCCUCAUCGGCCUAGCCCAGCUCAACUGCUCCGAGUUGAAGCUAAAGCGGCUCUGUUGCCGACAUGGGCUCCUAGGUGUGGACAAAGUGCUGGGCUAUGCUCUCAAUGAGUGGCUGCAGGACAUUCGCAAGAACCAGCUGUCUGGCCUGCUGGGGGGCAUCGGGCCCAUGCACUCUGUCAUCCAGCUCUUCCAAGGGUUUCGGGACCUGCUGUGGCUGCCCAUCGAGCAGUACAGGAAGGACGGGCGCCUCAUGCGGGGGCUGCAGCGUGGGGCCGCGUCCUUCGGCUCAUCCACGGCCUCUGCUGCCCUGGAACUGAGCAACAGGCUGGUGCAGGCUAUCCAGGCUACUGCUGAGACGGUUUAUGACAUCCUGUCCCCAGUGGCACCUGUGUCCCGCUCGCUGCAGGACAAGCGCUCUGCACGGAGGCUGCGCAAGGGCCAGCAGCCUGCUGACCUCCGAGAGGGCGUGGCCAAAGCCUACGAUGCAGUGCGGGAGGGCAUCCUGGACACAGCUCAGACCAUCUGUGAUGUGGCGUCGCGUGGUCAUGAACAGAAGGGGCUGACGGGUGCUGUGGGGGGUGUGAUCCGCCAGCUGCCCCCGACCGUGGUGAAGCCGCUCAUUGUGGCCACUGAGGCCACAUCCAAUCUGCUUGGGGGGAUGCGCAACCAGAUCCUGCCUGAUGCCCACAAGGACCAUGCCCUCAAGUGGCGCUCGGAGGAGGCCCAGGACUGACAAGGGCUCCAGGACCCAGGGCCACCCUGCUGGCCCACCCCAGGGGUGCCACCCGCUCUCAGCCUCCUGAGAGCAGCAACCCACAGGGGCCGGAUGAAGGCCCCUCUGGGGACGGCCACUGUGAAGGACGCCUGCCCAUUGCUAAUCGGUUGGGAGAGUGGGGCCUCGGCCCUGUCCGCACUUUUCUUCCAGGGAGGACACUGCCCUCCCCUCCACCUAGGCCUCACUGCUGCCUUGACCCAGGACGGAGGCUUUCGGACCCUCAGACCCGACCCCACUGAGCCAAGUGUCUGUGUCUCGUGGGGAGGUGGGGACAGACGCCGUGAGGAGCGGUGUGUUAUUUUUAAACAACUUGAGUGUGUGGGUCAGUGUCUGCAUGAAGUGGAAUAAACUGACCACCACCGGC